AUGCAAGGGAUUAGUGACGUUGCACCUAUACAAGUCACUAAACAAGUUGAUGUUCCUACCUUUGGUUGUGAGAUUUGCAGUAACAACCACAGUUAUGAAAAUUGUCCACAACAUGCAGAGAAUUCCUUUUAUGUUAGUAACAUUCGCAAAAAUUCUUAUGGCACCUGUUAUAAUAAUUCUGCACGUAAUCAGCAGUCUUGGGGAACUCAGAAUGCUGGACAAAAUGCGACGACAUUCCAAUAUGGGAAUAUAUCUACUCAAGAAGCUAUUGUGCAAGGGAAUUCAUCUUCUAUUCGAGCAUUGGAGGCACAAUUAGGACAACUUACUUCGAAUCUAAAUACUCGACCACUGGGCACACUACCUAGUGACACGAAAAAUCCCAUUCCAAGGUGGAAAGAACACUGCAAGGCUAUCACUCUCAGGAGUGGUAAAGAAACUGGAGAGCCGACUACAGACUCUACUGUAGCACCUCAAGAUACUGGUGAAGUGAUCCCUAGUGAGAAGGUUGAAUUUGAAGAGCUUGUUGAUGUACCAAAUAAAGAAGUUCCACAAAUUGUCACUCAUAUGCCUAACGAGCUCUUGUUUAAGAAGAAGAAACUCAGUGAUAUGGAAACUAUUGCACUCACAGAAGGCUGUAGUGCUGUUUUGACAAAUAAGUUACCCCCCAAAAUGAAAGAGGCUGGGAGUUUUACUAUCCCAUGUUCAAUUGGAAAUCAUUAUUUGGGCAAGGCUUUAUGUGACUUGGGAGCUAGCAUCAACCUAAUGCCAUUAUCUACUUUCAGAAAGUUGGGGAUUGGUAACAUGAAACCUACUGCAGUGAGAUUGCAAAUAGCUGAACGAUCCUUGGCUCAACCUGAAGGGAAAAUUCAAGAUAUCUUAGUUCGUGUGGAUAAAUUCAUUUUUCUGGCUAAUUUUAUCAUACUAGAUUGCAAGGUAGACAAGAAGGUUCCCAUUAUCUUAGGACGACCAUUUUUAGCCAUCGGGCGAACUCUUAUUGAUGUUUACAACGGUGAACUGACCAUACUAUUUAAUGAUGAGCACAUUACUGUCAAUGUGCUAGAUGAUCUAAAUCAAGAAGAAUUCAAUGACCAAAGCGCAAUACUUUUUGAGGAGUUUGCAGUGACAUUUAAUGAUGAAUUCUUAGAUAAUUGUGACAGCAUAGUUGAAGUAAAUAAUAUUGAACUCAAGCAUGGAUGGAAGAUUGAGUCCUUAGACUUAGCCAAUAGAACAACUCUAAUUUUCAAGCCAUCUAUCAACGAAGCUCCUACUCUAGAAUUGAAACCACUACCUACUCAUCUUAAAUACGUCUUUUCUUGGUGA